AUGGCUCACCCUCUUAUGCUCUCCAUCUUCCUCAUCGAGGUGGUUGUCCACCUCGUCAACGCCAUCGGAGCCAAGGCGAUCAAUAACCUGCUCUGGACGCUCAUCAACUUCCUCCCCGUCCCGACGGCCAAGGCGGCAGGCGAGCAGCGCAAGAUGCAGGCAGAGUACCUCAAGGUCCAGAGGGAGCUCAAGGCCACGAGUAGCCAGGACGAGUUUGCCAAGUGGGCGAAGCUGCGCCGACAGCACGACAAGCUGCUCGAGCAGCUGGAGAAGAAGAAGAACAGCAUGGCUGCUACACGAUCCAAGUUCGACACUUCCCUCACCGGAGUCCGCAUCGUCCUCACCCGCGCGCCCCAAUACUUUCUGCCAUUCUGGUACGCCACCGAGCCCAUGUUCUGGCUGCCGUACGGCUGGUUCCCAUACUAUGCCGAAUGGAUCCUCUCGUUCCCUCGCGGACCCAUGGGGAGUGUCAGCAUCGCCUCUUGGCAGCUGGCCUGCACAGGUGUCAUCCUCCUCUUCAGCGACCUGAUCAUGGGCAUCGCGGGCCUGGUGAUGAACGCCAAGCAGAGCAAGACCAAGGAGGCGCCCGUCAAGGCUCAGGUCGAGACGGAGAAGAAGGAAUUAUAA